CAACAAAGCCAAAGCCAAAGCCACAUUUCAAAUUUCAAAUUCCAAAUUCCAGAGGCUUAGAGAUGCAGCGAGGGUCCGCUUCGUCGGCUCUGCCUCUGCGAGCGCGCCUCAUAGACUUUCUCAUCCAAUCUGCUCACAAACUCCAAGUUGCUCCGACCGUGAAAUAUACCGCAUUGUCAAUUUUUGCUCAUAGAUUCUACCCUCGUUGUUUGUCCAGAUUGGAGGAACAAGGCAAUGACGUGGAAAACUGGCUUUUGCAACCCCUGAGAGAGAGCAAUUUGCAGUUGUUUGCGCUCGUUUCUCUAUGGAUUUCAACCAAAAUACACACUUCUCCUUGUUUGUCUGUGAAAAUAUUCAAGUCUUUGGGGGACAACAUUAUCAAGGAACAACACUACACCAUUCGAGAUUACUUGGAAGCAGAGGUGGUCUUAAUGCAGGUAGUGAAUUUUGAGAUUGGUAUGAACAAUAGUGCUUUUGUAUACUUUGAGGAGCUUUUACUUCAAUUCAAGGAAGUGGCAAAGGUUGGGGAACUUGUGAACUUUGAAGCAGGCAUGGACAUCAUGGAUCUGAUUUAUGAAAAGGAGGAGGCAUCCAUGCUCUAUACUAAUCCUCAUUCUCUUGCUGCAUCAAUCUUGGUUGCUUCAUAUGUCAUCACAGUUCCUAAACAGACGUGGGAAUUUCCUGUUGUUCCCUGGGUUAAGUUCGUAACAGGUUGCGAAGAAGAGGAUAUUCUAGAGAUAGUCAGAGACAUUCUUAAGCAUGUAUUGGAUGUUUCUUGCUAGAUAUAAGUUUCUCUCUCAAUGUCAAGGCUGAGAAGAGGGCAACGUGUCUGGUUUUGUACAUCAAAUAGGAUUUCAUCUGCGUGAGUUGAGCCCUACACAAGUGACGGAUGCACUUUAUGCUGCUGGUAAAUAUAGCUAAAAAUCAUAAAAUCUUUUAUUUUUAUUUUGU